UCCUUCUUGGCCUGUUUACCGUUAGUCGCACUCGGUCUUUCCAGCUCGCUCGUUCGUCCUUCGCUCUGCCAGCGCUGCAAGAGAAUGAAGGGAGGGGGGCAGAUGGAAAAUAAUGGUUGGGGGUGGGUUAAUUCCCCCCUCCCUCUUCCACUGCUGCAUCCUAUUUAGUUACAUUUUGUUAUUGUUGCUGUACUUUGCAUUGUUUUGUGCUGUGUUUUGUUUUGCUGCAGCUCUCGGGCCGUGACUUCGUGUUAUGUACCGUUAUGAUCGUCGGCUCGUCGCUCGUUCGCUGCAUGCGAUUCUUGGUCACUUUAACAAUAGAGUGCAUUCUAAUCAUAAUCAAAGGCAAACGCCUUACCCGAAAUCAAACUACGGAAAUCGGGACCGUUCUGACACCCGGAGUUCAAACCAGGAACGCCAGGAGAGAGAAUAUACCAAUAGAACUGAGUUUCGUGAAAGAAACACUAGAUUCUCCGAUGAGAGACAUUCUGGCAGAUACAGUGAUUAUCACCGUAGAAACCAUUACCACAGAUUUAAGCCAUGGCGAAGUGAGGGCCGAUCCUAUUAUAGGGACAAAGGUGCCAGAGAUUCCUCCAAGUCACGUUAUGAUAAUGAUGUAAAUGAUUUAUCUAAGAUCAGGCAAAGAAACGGACACAACUGUGAUCCGAAUUGCGAUGCUUCCAUACCUGAGUAUGCAGAAGAUAACCAAAGUUGUAUAAAUCACUAUCAAACCGAAGAAAAUAAAAUUGAUUUAGAGCAAUCUAAGGAUCAAGGAGCUAACAGAACCAGCCCCACCGAGCAACUUUCAGAUAUCUCAAAACAAUCUAAUCCAAUUGCAUUAGAGGGCGAUCAGAACAAACAGACGAAUGAGUUGAAGGAGAGCUCCUGUUCUAGCAAGCCAAACAGGGAAUCAAAUGAAACUUCUAAGGCUUCACAGUUUCACGAUCAAAGAUCGGGAGAAGAACUAAACGUAUCCGAGUCCAGUGAUAAUCACUCUGGUGCACAGGCUAGUCAAUCAAUUCCACGCAUCCAAGUGCGCCCCCUUACCAAGCUUCUGAGACAGGAGCUCUUUGCAGUCACCCAGGAGAAUCGUCUGAUCAAAAGUCCCCCUCCAUCCGCAUCACCAGCCAGCCCCAGUCGCCUGGCCUUUAAGCCCAACCUUAGAAAUCGUCGCCGAACAGUGAGCAACUGCAUCUACAAUGCUGGAAGUUUUGGUCAGAUCGCAGAGAGCGAGUCCGUUUUCAAUGAUCGCAUCGCUAGCAUGGACAAGGAGAGUCUAAAGUACAUCAUCAACAAUGGCGACACCAUCUUUGAACCUCACUUACAACUCCAGGCCAGGCGGCGUAUACGUGACGAAAUUCGCCGACAGCUAAAGACGAUUGAGUUGGAGAAGCCCAAGGAUCGUCUGGUAACGAAUUUAGUCGAGGACGAAAUCGUAGAUUCCAUCAAAUUGCCCGCAUUUCUGCUUGAAGAGAUCGAAAAGUGUUUUGGCAUAGACAUAUCAGAGGGCCAGGCAACCAUAGAUUCUGCAGCAGAUAAAGAAGAUACAACAAGGGGUAACGCGGAAAGCCCAGUUCAAGAUACCAAAGAGAAAACGAAGGGAACUUGUAACGGCGGCGAAAGUUUAAAAGAUAUAACAACUAAGAAGACUAAGGAGACUGUUGACGAUAGGAAUCAGUGCGCCAAAUUUAGAAAGCUUCAAAUCGAAAUUGAUAUUAAUGAUAACCACCAUCAAUCAGCAGCCGAUGAGGUUAGCAAUUCGAUUUGUGUAUUGCCUAAAGAUAGCAAAGAUGGUUCUGUAAAACCGAAUAGGGUUAGUAAAAAGGUUUUGCAAGAAAACAAUAAGAAAAAAACUAUUAAACACCCAGAUUCCAUGAAGGGCUCCAAAGCUAAUAUGACAAGUCCGAAAACUGCCGAUGAGCUCAAGAGUUUCGCGGGAAUACACCAAACUAAUAAUCGUCAACAUUUGCUACCAACCCCUACAUGGGAAGUGAAUUCGAAGAGUAAGCACUCCAAACCAAGUCAAUCCGCAUUCAUUAAAAACAACAAAAGUAAUAAUAUAGUAAGUGAUUCGAUAGAUUCGCUUUCUGGAAUCAGUAAGCCCUAUAAAAUGAGAAUUAAAAGGGAAUCAAGCAGCUCACCCAUAUCAGUAAGAUCUUUACCAUCAAAUGAUGUUAUUGAUUUGCUGAGCUCAUCUGACGAAGAGCUGGAAGAGCAUGGCGUGGUGGAUAUGGACAUUGAUGAACAUGAAGGUGAUAUUGAAAAUCAAAACAUAUAUAAGGCCUUGGAAGCUUUGAAGCAAUCGGAACCCUUAGCUGUGGACGAUGUUGAUAGUGAUGACUCCGCCAGCUCCCAAUGCAGCAGUAAAUCCACAAAAAGGCGACGCAGGCUGAAGCUACAAAACGAUGCAGAAAAUGUGGUUGACAGUUUCGAAAAAUUGAUCCUUCCCCAUCUUCGGGAGGCUCUCAGCGAUCGCUAUCGUCGCCAGCAUUCAAGUAGCCUGCAGAGUAGAUUGCACUUUAUAUCCUGUGUAGUGACAAGCUCCGAGCACAAUGCACACACCUUUAGUAAAAUUGAGGUAGCCAAGAUGCAAAUGAAUCUCAAAGCAGCCGACAACCGCCAAGCUAUUGAAUUUCUUCUAAGAGAGAUUGUCAACGUGGUGAGUCUUCAGAAACAGCGUCGUCGGGAGCAGGACGAAGAGCAAAAGCUUGCAAAUUUAUUAAGCCCCAGAAAAACCGUAAACACAUCUGAGGAAACUCCUAAGACGUCAACACUAUGUCCAAUCCAGCACGGUUUUAUUCCAUGUCAGAAACCUCCAUCUUCUCCUGCCCGCCAAUCAACACCUCCAAUUCAGCAGAGUUCUCCAGUUGUAUUAGCCUUUCAGAAACAUCAAUCGUCUCCUGACCACCAAUCCUCACCGCCAUUUCAGCAGAGUCCUUCUUUCGAAACUGCUGAGCAGAGUUUUCCAACGGCCCUUCAGAAAACUCAAUUUUCUCCUGCCCGCCAAUCUACAACGCCCAUCCAGGAGAAUCCUAAGUACUCAUCUGGACAGUGGUGGGGUUCAGCUAGUCAGAAAACUCAAUCUUCUCCUGCUCGCCAAACUACACCUGUCGAAGAUGAUUUUGAAAACCCAUUUCCUAACCAAGGAAAACCUCCCUCUUCGGCGAAACUGGAAUCCUUCAAAGAUGGGUUACCAUUUCUCUCCAUGGAUUCUACAUUAUAUAAUUAUUCUCGAUUAGCUUCUGGAUCAAAAAUAAACGAACCUUUCGGAAAUUCGGACGACAUGGAGCAGCAUUUGGUUGAAAUUGAGCGUCAACUGAUGAAACAUGAAAAUCGUUAUAGCUUUCUUGACGAUAUAAUAAUAAAGUUUCAAAAGGAGAAAUCUGAAGUCGGGAUGGUUAUUCUAGAACUAAAGAGUCGGAAGUUUCUAAUUAUUAAUUCAAUGGCUUCUAGAAAUCAAGCUGCUUCUGCUCAAGUGGCUGACUCCAAAAGCAAACCACAUAAAGCUGAAACUGCUCAAGAAUCAGCACACGAGGAUAGUUUCAGCAAAGGAGGGAUAGCCAGACGAACUAGAAGUAGAUUAAGAAGAACUGUGUUGGUCCUGGCACCCAAGCGUCAAGUAAGGGUACAAAAACGAGUUUCCAAAAAACCAAAAUCUUCCAAAUUAGUGGAGAAAUCCCAUGAAGAGAUUGCUGAACAAACGACGAAUAAAAUGGAUUCUGAAGCGUCCAAUCAAUUAAAUAUCAAUGAAGAUCGGUUGAAAGUGUCAGCUGGUGACCAAGUAGCCGAUUAUUCUCCCACUGCCAAACUUGCACGCCUGAGCAAGCCCAGUAUUGCUGUUAAUCCAACCCAUCAACCACUGGCUAUAAUACCACCACUACCACCGCCACCGCCACCUCCGGAACCAAUCUGCCACAUGUCCUAUGAAGCACCCAGCUCUUUUCUUAAGGAACCACCACACGAACCUGGUUGCCACUGGUCAGAGGUCGACUCCAAAGACAAGUGUUCUGUAGAUUUUGUGACGAAGGGGAAAUUGCAAAAUGUUGGCAGCCCCAUAACUCAAAUAAAGAUCUACCGGGAACACGUGAUAGCCGCAGCCGAGGAUGGAGACAUCUACGUGUUUCACCUAGUCACUCACAAGCUGGAGCAAAAGAUCACCAAGCACAGCGAGGCUAUUACGAAUAUGUUCCUCAGCGAAAAGGAUUCUAUUCUUUACACCACCUCAGCGGAUGGUUUUUUUAAGAAGUCCUCACUCCUGAAUCUGGAGCGGGUCUUUGAAACGGUGUACCUUAAAGAGCCAUUGCAGUCAAUGGACGUCGCUUGGGGAUUGGCCUUUAUUGGCAGCCGAUGGGGUCAAAUAUCUACCUUCAACGUGGUGACGAACAAGGUGAUGGAAAAGCCUUUGGUAUCAACCGGUCAAUCCAUCAUUGCCAUCAAGGCCACCAAGGAAGGUGUGCGGAAGAUCCUUGUGCUGGGAUGCAAAGGAAACUUUGUCCAGAUGCAUGAUGCGGGCAACGGAUUGCUGCUGCGUCACGUAUUUAUUGCAGAGGGUUUAAAUGUCUACAGUCUGCUCCUUGAUGAGGGACACAUUUAUUGCGGAACGCAGAAAAACGAGAUAUAUCAAUUGGAGUUUGUUUCUGGCAACUUGGUCACCAAGUUUAGCUGUGGCAAUGGCGCUGUUGCUGUUGCGUCCUACGGAGAUCGUUAUUUGCUAGUCGGCUGCUACGACGGCUAUAUUUACGUCCUGAACAAGAUAACCGGAACUCAAGUUGGUCGUUUCGCGGGCGCUGGUCGCAUGGUUUUGGCCCUUUCAGUUGUAGGCGAUAAGAUCGUCACAUCUUCGAAGGAUAACUCGCUGGAGAUUCUGGAGGUGCCCCCCGAUUUGGUAAAUGGCUAUUAAGACGCGUAUCACCAUUGGUAUAAAUCUGCUUUAAUUUAAUAAUUUCUACACACAGACGUGUUUGCAUAAUACAAUUUAAUGGUCUAGUCCUUGAUUGCGGACUUAUAAUUCGUUCUCUGUAUUUGCAAUUGAAUAUUACAUUUUUUGCAUUUUUGCAAUUGAUCUACUUGAAGAAUAUUUCUUCGCCAUGAACAAGUAUAAACGAAUAAAAAGAGAACAUCCAGUAAAAUUAUGAUACGUAAAA